AGUGCUGCACCCUAGGACCGACUGCCAGUAAGGGUAUACCUCUCGUUGCAUUGUAGCAAAUAUACUGGUAACUAACCCUUCUUCUGUCUGUGAUUGUAGCGUCGAGAGUGAUCAGGUGUGAUGCGUGUGCCACUGCACUGGGUGCUGUGGGAUGUGAAAGACACCCUGCUGAAGGUGCGCAGGUCUGUCGGGGAGCAGUACUGCCAGGAGGUCAAGCGAACAGCAGGUUUCAGUCUUAACCCUACAGAGGUGGAGGCUGCCUUCCGCCAGUCCUUCCAUCAGUACUCCAAACUCUACCCCAACUACGGUUUCGCCCAGGGCCUGGGGGGGAAGGCCUGGUGGAUGGGAGUGGUUCGGGACACCUUCGCCCAGUGUAGAGUGCAGGACGCAGCCCUACUGGACACACUGGCCCACAACUUGUAUCAUGGCUUCUGCAGCCCUAAUAACUGGGAGGUAUUUCCAGACUCGGCGAAGACCCUGGAGAGCAUAUCCUCCCUGGGACUGAAGCAGGGUGUGGUGUCCAACUUUGACAAUCGCCUGGAGGGGAUUCUACGAGACUGUGGCCUGCUGUCUCACUUCAGCUUCCUGCUCACCUCAGAGGAGGCCGGUAUAGCCAAGCCUAACCCAGCAAUCUUCCACCAGGCACUAGAGAAAUGUGGCGUAACAGCCGCGAGUGUAGCUCACAUUGGGGACCAUUAUGUCAAUGACUAUGUGACCUCUCGGUCACUGGGCCUCCAUGGGUACUUGCUGGACAGACAGGGCAGGAAUAAAUACCCUGAUGUUCCCCCACAGCAUCGAUUAAAGACCCUGGAGGAGCUACCUGCACGUCUCCAGCAACAUAUGGACUAAAUGUUAUCUAUUACACAAGUAAACUCAAGCCAGGAUUCAAACAAACCGCACUGUGCCAACAUUUCACUGCACUUGACAUUAAAGUAUAAAAAAAUAUAUAUAAAAUCCAAGCCGUGAAACUAGCCCCAAAACUUAACACAUGAAAUGACCACUUUUAGAUUAUCUAAAGACGUACAUACAGUGAGGGGAAAAAAGUAUUUGAUCCCCUGCUGAUUUUGUACGUUUGCCCACUGACAAAGAAAUGAUCAGUUUGUAAUUUUAAUGGCAGGUCUAUUUGAACAGUGAGAGACAGAAUAACAACAAAAAAAUCCAGAAAAACGCAUGUCAAAAAUGUUAUAAAUUGAUUUGCAUUUUAAUGAGGGAAAUAAGUAUUUGACCCUCUCAAUCAGAAAGAUUUCUGGCUCCCAGGUGUCUUUUAUACAGGUAACAAGCUGAGAAUAGGAGCAUAAGAAUAGGAACUCUUAAAGGGAGUGUAUACCUGUAUAAAAGACACCUGUCCACAGAAGCAAUCAGAUUCCAAACUCUCCACCAUGGCCAAGACCAAAGAGCUCUCCAAGGAUGUCAGGGACAAGAUUGUAGACCUACACAAGGCUGGAAUUGGCUACAAGACCAUCGCCAAGCAGCUUGGUGAGAAGGUGACAACAUUUGGUGCGAUUAUUCGCAAAUGGAAGAAA